AUGCCCGGAAUCUUGCCCAUGAAGAUCAUAAAGGUGGGCUCGUCGAGUUCGCAAAGUCGGAUUGCCCAAGCCUGCGAUAGAUGUCGAAGCAAAAAGAUACGCUGCGAUGGCAUUCGACCAUGUUGUUCACAGUGUUCUGGUGUUGGGUUCGAAUGUAAGACAAGCGAUAAAUUGAGUCGACGAGCAUUUCCUAGAGGAUAUACUGAGUCUUUAGAGGAGAGAGUUCGUACGUUAGAGGGAGAAAUAAGGGAGAUGAAAGAAUUACUUGAUGGAAAGGAUGAGAAGAUAGAUAUGCUCUCGAAGAUGCACGACAAUCGACGUACUUCACUGUCUUCAACGUCAGCUUCACCUCCUGUCGAAAGUCGAAAAGAGUCAUCACCUCCGAAGGAAGACAUGUUUAAGGUCCAAGCUUCACCCCAUUUAUUGGAAGGCGAUCGUUCCAACUUAUAUUUCAUGGGAGCAUCAAGUGGAAGAUCUUUUGUCGAUAUCUGCAAGCGUAAAAUCCAAGACAGCGGCAAGUCUUUCGUAGGAUUUGACACAGAAACAUUUUUGAACCCCCAAAAUGAAUCCACCUCGUUAUCAACGAUUACACCUGCCUCAAGUUUCGCUCCCCCACGCUUAUUCUCAGACAAAUGUCUAAACGUCUUUUUCCAAGAAUGGGCACCAUUGUUUCCCGUCAUACACAAACAUAGUUUCUUAACUCUAUACGAUGAAUAUUCAUCAAAUCCGCAUCAAGUGAAAGACCAACAUAAAUUGGCUCAGUUACACCUUGUCUUUAGUAUCGCUGGUCUCUCUACCGAUUGUCCCGAUAAGGAACAAAUAUCAUUAUGUGAGAACCAAUGGCGCACAGCGCUCAACAUUAUUUUGAUGGAGAACAACAUCUCAACACUGCAGUGUUUGAUUUUAGCACUUAUUUACUGCAUUCAAAAGGGGGACUAUAAUAGCCUACAGCAUUACAAAGGAAUUGCUGUUGGUCUUUCGCACAGACUCGGUUUACAUCAAAGUCAAAAGCGAUUCUCUUUUGAUUUGUUGACUGCUGAGACGAGAAAGAGGGUGUUUUGGACUUUGUAUACUGUUGAUUGCUUUUCUGCUUCCCUCCUUGGCCUCCCUAAAUUGUUAAGGGAAGACGAUAUCUACGCGGAGUAUCCCUCGGAUAUAGAUGAUGAACAUAUGAAUGAGAAAGGAUAUCAACCCAUGCUUCCAGGGGAACCUACUAGAAUUUCUAGUGCUCUUGCUCUGUUCCGAUGCUCACGCAUCCUGUCUAAAGUCUUGGAGCAAAUUUAUCCCUCAGCUGCAACUCAUGACCUAUCGUUGCAGACACUUUUUGCUCUGGUGGCUGACUUGAACGAAUGGUCUGAUAGUUUACCGACUCAUCUGAAGCUUACAUUUGUUCAAGAUAAACCAUCAACAGAUAUUACAGGCAGUCGAUCAGCUUUAUUGUCUCUUGCUUUUUAUUAUAUUCGAUCGUUGAUUCACCGCCCUGCUAUUGGUUCCUCCCUGGGAUCUAAAACUUCACCAUCCGUCAUUGCUUUGGCUGAUUCUAGCAAACAUCUCAUACAAAUCACACAGCUCCUCGAAGAAAGAAAUAUGACUUUCUCAUUCUGCAUAAAUAAAAACGCAAUGCUUACAUUGUGUGGCCUAAGCCUUCUGUAUCAAGGUCUCGAUAUUAAACAGGAAGGUAAGCUGAUGCAAGAAAGUCAACGACUCAUCAAAACGGUUAUCAGAUUCCUAGAAAAGGCCAAUGCUCCUGGUGCAACCGACUUUAAGAGACUUGCCUCGUCUUUGAUUACUUUGGACAGUCAAAGUCUAGACUGUAGAACCAAGUCGGCACUAUUACGCACUUCUUCGGCUAUGUCUGCCCCAAAAAUUUCAAAGCCAACACCAUCCACCUCGGUCUUUCCAAGAAAAAAUAAUCAACAACACCCAUAUACACAUAUUAAUGCUAGCAUGAGCGAGAAUGACAUAUUAGCACAACAAGAGAAGAUUCGACGAGCUACGUUACCAAAUUUAUACAAUCACACUUCACAAAACCAGGCAUCGGCUCGAUCAUCCUAUGACGGAACAAGGACCGAUUCUCCGAUGACCAAACGCGAAAAUCGCAGCUCCCUCUCCCAACUAGUAAAGCCUCGAUAUAACACAAAUACAAAACCACCGAAUCUGGAUUAUUUAUCCUUGAGCAAUACGCCAAUUACUUCACAACAAUCUUCACCAACGAUUUCGCGCACUGCUCCUCCAGUAUCAAGCUCUCACAGCUCUCACCUAAUGUACAGCAAGAUUGAUAAUCAACAAAACGAAUGGGCUAUACUCGCUUCCCUAGAAAGUGGUGAAAGCAACAUACACAGUGCUAUCUAUGGUGGACCACCGCCUAGUCUGACGGGGACGACUCAAAGUGCACCUUCAAAUUCGAGUUAUGAGGAUUGGUCUUCAACUACCUUUUGGGACGAUAUGGCUUCUGCAAAUGUUCACGAUCCCUUGACAAAUCCCGGACCUGCACAGAGUGUAUUAAGUUUUAGUGGGGAGAGUCAUAGUUCCGGUGACGAACUAUCCACUAGUGAUCUUGGAAUGAACGGAAACACACAGUACAUACACGAGUCAUUGCCACAUUGUGAUGAAUACAUACUUCAACUCAUGCAGUAUUCUUAA